CCAUAAAUUGUGACCCUUCUCGCACAAACUCUUUAUUCUUUUUUCUCUCUCGAGUUUUUUCCGAAAAGCUGAGUCUCGAAGCUAACACCAAAGAGAGAGAACAAUGGUGAAGCCAUCCAUGCUCAGAUCUCUCCACUCCGCCGCCACCCGCGGCGUCUCUCACUUGUCCCGCCGUGGCUACGCCUCUGAGCCGGGGCCGGAACGCAAGGUCGCUGUUCUCGGUGCCGCCGGUGGGAUCGGGCAGCCCCUUUCCCUUCUAAUGAAGCUUAACCCCCUCGUUUCUAGCCUCUCCCUCUACGAUAUCGCCGGAACCCCCGGCGUUGCCGCCGAUGUCAGCCACAUUAACACCAGAUCUAAGGUUGUAGGGUACCAAGGUGAGGAAGAGCUUGGCAAAGCUUUGGAGGGUGCAGAUGUUGUCAUAAUUCCUGCUGGUGUGCCCAGAAAGCCUGGAAUGACCCGGGAUGAUCUUUUUAAUAUCAAUGCUGGCAUUGUCAAGGCACUUUGUACUGCUAUUUCUAAAUACUGCCCCCAUGCCCUUGUUAACAUGAUAAGCAAUCCUGUGAACUCCACUGUUCCUAUUGCGGCUGAAGUUUUCAAGAAAGCUGGAACAUAUGAUGAGAAGAGACUAUUUGGUGUAACCACCCUUGAUGUCGUCAGGGCAAAAACUUUCUAUGCUGGGAAAGCCAAUGUUCCAGUUGAUGGUGUCAAUGUGCCUGUUGUGGGUGGCCAUGCAGGCAUUACUAUUCUACCCCUAUUUUCUCAAGCUACACCAAAAGCCAAUCUUGAUGAUGAUGUCAUCAAGGCUCUUACAAAGAGGACUCAAGAUGGAGGAACAGAAGUUGUGGAAGCUAAGGCUGGAAAGGGUUCUGCAACUCUGUCCAUGGCCUAUGCUGGUGCCCUUUUCGCUGAUGCUUGUCUCAAGGGCCUUAACGGGGUUCCAGAUGUUGUUGAGUGCUCAUUUGUGCAAUCCACUGUCACUGAACUUCCUUUCUUUGCUUCAAAGGUGAGGCUUGGGAAGAAUGGUGUGGAGGAAGUUCUGGGAUUGGGACCUCUCUCUGAUUUUGAGAAACAAGGCCUAGAGAGCCUUAAGGGUGAACUCAAAUCAUCAAUUGAGAAGGGAAUCAAAUUUGCAAACCAGUAAUUGAACAUCUCAAAGACAUGUCUGGUAGGUAACUGGAUAUUCCUAAGAACCAAAUCAAAAUUUUGCAAUCUCAGAACCAUUGUUGUAUUGUUGCCCGCAGUGGUGGCGGCCUUGUUGUUUUGUUUAGAGUAGGUAUACGCCAUGGUUUAAUAAUUUAAGUCUGAGAGCAUUUUGCCAAGGGAUUCAUCAAUCUUAAAACCAGUUUUAGGUGUUGACCAUUCAAUUAAUAAUUGUCCCUUUUAAUGUGGUUUCACAUAAUGUAAUUGCAGGGUGUUACACCUCUUUUCUUGUU